AGCGGUGUUAGAACGUUGGCUGUCACUUUUAUUCUAUUCCGAAUGUUGCGUUCACUUUGUGUGGUGGGAGCCGAGUUAACGCUGCGCGGAUACAGCUAGCAGCCUUCCACACGCAUCCCUUCUUAGAGUAUACACAGCCCGGGAAUGGAGGUCAGAGAAGCCGGGCUGCGCAGACAGGCAGUCAAGAGACACCUGCACAAGCACAAUCUAAAGCACCGCUAUGAGUUCCUGGAGACCCUGGGGAAAGGCACCUAUGGGAGAGUGAAGAGAGCCCGGGACAACCAGGGGAGAGAGGUAAGAUAUGGGAUCUGCUCCAGGCAAUAAAUAACAACACUGCUCUGAGCUUAUAUGACACGUAUAAAGAAGAUGGUUUGAGCUCCAAGCAUUGGGGUUUAAUUAUAUUUCCUACCUGUUCUAUGGUAAACUUUCAUAUACAGCAUGUGUAUUUUAAUAUUAUUUUGUAACUUUAAUAGUGUUCCCUAUUAUAACAAUGCAGUGUUUGUGGACAUGCUUGAAAACAAGAGAAAUCUCAAUGUAACCUUCCUGGUAAUAUAUCUUUAAACUUUUAUAACAGGUUCAUGGUUAAUAACAUAGCACAUUAUCCUGGAUGUUGCCAUUUACUGUGUGCAUGGCAUGUUAUAAGAUCAGGGAGUCACUUCUCUCUAGAGCGUGCACUCUAACUGUGCUACCAGGGUAUCAUUACUUACUGUGCUACACCUACCUGCAGACAUAUCGGACAGUAAAGUGGAUAGGACUUAAAUGGCAUAAAAUGCAUUUUUGGUAGUUGUGAUCUCGGAUAUGCACAAUCUACCUUGUUGCAACAAGAAUUAAUUAAUGGUCGUUGUUGUCCAGUUUUGUGUGUGUGAAAUCUGUGUGUAUAUAUAUAUAUAAUCACAUUCUUCAGAUUGUUUAGCAAGGAUCAUUGCACAGAGGAAUGGACCUUUUUAUUUUUCCCUUCCCUACUGUUUAGUUAGAUUGUUGUUGGCUUUGGCUUGGCUGUUGUUUGCAUACAGAACAGGUGCUAUUGGUCACUACCUUUCACUUCUGUUGCUAUUUUCGUUCUUGGUGCAAUUCCCCAUGACUAAGAAAACAAAUUUCCAGGCUGAUACGAGGAGUUAUUUCCUGCAUUUUUGAAUUUGUAUUUAUUUCUUAAAAUAUCUACCUUAUUUUCACAUAGUUUUAUCACUGUGUGUUACAUUCUCCAGACAAGGUAUUGUUUUUAGUCAUUUCAGUACUCUGUUGUGUCUGCAAGUUUUUCCUGUUUUGUUUCUCAUAGGCAAGACAAUGCUUGUCUGGGUUCCUUGGCAUUGCCCUUGGGAUGUGCUGGCACGUUUUUGCUUAAUUUCGAUAAAUGUGAAAGUUUUGCUUCCUUGUACAAAGUCGAAAUGUGUUUACUUUGUAGCACACACAAUGUGAACAGCAAUUACAGUAAACUGAAGUAAGAUUGCUUAUCUAUGUACGUAGUCCAAUUAUGUGUGAAACCUAGAAUUAGAAUAUAAUUGUACUUCUAUAAUACCCUUGGGCAUUUCAGUUAAAAUGAGACUUGCUGUAAAACCGUUCAAACUUCCUUUUAAAAACUCUGUAUGGAAAUACGUUGGUAAAAAAUUAUAUUUUAUCUUUCAUGAUGAAAGAACGUGAAGCGCCAUGGCCUAUGUAGGUGUUUUAAAUAAUAAGUCUUAGUGACUUUUUAACCUCAUUAAGAAUAGCCAGCAUACACCGAGGCAGAACAGGUAAAAUAAAUAUCAGUUAUAGCUCAAUCUAUUUAAAAAAAUAAAAAAAUUUUCCCUCACUAAACACAGAACUGUACUGGAUUGAAAACGUAAACUACAAAUCUAGGCGGCAAUAGCUGUUCUGGAAGAACUCUCCCAAUUGGCAAUAGCGACAGCCUGGUUACUUUAGCAUGACAUUUUACACCUCACAUAGUGUGUGUUGUUGUUGUUCUUUGUUUUUUUUUUACAUUUUUAUAUUUUCCUAUUCAGUGUUUUUAGUGAAUAAACCCCUAUGUGAAGGCUAAAAAUGGCAGUACAGUUGCCUUUGAUUUAUAUUCAGCAUCAUUACCCUUUACAUUGGAUGGGGCUUACCAGAAAUGUAGGUGGCAAACAUCUGCAGUGCAAUCAGCCAUAACCUCCUUACGAUAUAGGUACUGGGUAUGAGACGAAUGCUAAACGGACAUAAUGCUCAUUUAUAUGUGAGAAUUCAUAAGUAUACAUGUGGAAUCCAUUAAAUGGCUACAACUGUGCACAAAUAUGCUGCAAAACAAUACAAAAUGUUGCUUGGCAGACAUUUUCUUUAACCCCUUAAGGACACAUGACGUGUGACAUGUCACGAUUCCCUUUUUUUCCGGAGGUUUGGUCCUUAAUGGGUUAAACAACGCAGUGCAAACGUCUGCUGAGACAGAUGCGCGGACCUUCCUUAUUUUGCUAAAACAGGUGGUGGUGUCAGACUACAUCAAAUUGCUUGGACUGGAAGAUUCUGGUUUUGAAUGUAAUCAUUGUUAUUAUGGGAGAUGCAGUAUGCAACACCUGGUGUGCCGCUGCUUGGUUAUGACUGAUUAGAGCUGAACAAAAGCAGCGUUUUAGGCAAGUUUGUUCAUGUAAUAAACAAGAUGAUUACAUGUAGGCUUUCUACUCCCGUGAGAGAAUCCUGUCUGCUCCCAAGGCUUUUCUGUUGAUACAAAAUAAGGAGAGUGUAAUUACGUUUUGUAGAAUUUACAUUCUCAAGAACAUUUACUUAGUGGCGGCAUCCUUAUCUCAAACUUUUACUUUUCAUCUAAUGGCAUCUCACAACAAACAUUGCUGAUUUUGGAAACCCCAGAGGUGAACACAGACUGCUUACACUGCCAAACUAACAAUCUUAUGUCAUUUGUAAAAACCUGCACAAGAAAAAAAAAUGGUAUCAAGCAUUAUUUACUAAAGUGUAAAUUCUCAGAAAUUUACAGUGAAUUUCAUAUUUUAGGUCACAAUAGCUGAAUUGGAAACAUUUUCUAAGGUAGCCAUGUUUUUAGUUCAGCUAUUAACCCUUGGGUUUUUUUUGGUUUUUUUUUGCCUUCCGUAAGAUGAAUUAGGGAAUACUUAAUACUUAAAAAAAAUAAAUAAAAAAUCUCACACAAUUGUAAACUGCAGACAUCAUGGACAGAGGAGAACAAAAUGGUGGCUCUGAUAUCGAGAUCCAGGGCAAGAAACUUCAGAUGAUUACAUUAAAGUCAAGGGGUGGGGCAGUAUAAUCAUUUCAAAAUAAGGGGCAUAAAGAAAGGAAAACUUUAAGGGCUUUUGUUUUUAGCUAAUCCUGUUUGAGUACUGCAGCUCUCUAUAAACGUAACAUUCAUUUCCAUAAACGUUGAGCUUUCUUCACGUGUUUAGUUGCCUGGCCAGUGCAUUGUGGGUGAUUAUUCAUCUUAACCUUAACAUUGUGCUUGUUUCUGUUUAUAUAUUUGCAUAAAUAGGUAUCUAUUAUUAUAACCUGAAAGAACGGACUACCUUUUUAAAUACGGAUGCAGCUGACCUGCAAACUGCCAACCACAUAUUAAAGUGAUAUUUGUCCUAUGUGCUUAAAAAAAUAAAUAAAAAAAAAUUAAUAAUAAUUGUGCAGGUCUAAAAACUUGAGGCUUGCAUGUGGUCUAUGAAAGCCAUAUAUUUUACUCAAUUUUAUUCAUGAAUGAUGGGUCUGGCCAUAUCCGCCUGUGCUCAUAUAAAACAUACAGUUCACCCAAUUAAAACUGGCUAUCGUGAUUUGCAUUUUUUUUAUUUUUUUCUCUUCCUUGAUAACAGCAAGAGUGUGAAAGGUCAAAUCUAAAGGAUUGCUACGCACCCAUCCCCCCCUUUUUUUCUAUGGAUAAGUAAAGUGAUUCAGAAUUAGCCUUUGUCCAUCCUAAUUUAAAUUCUUUGAUUUUCUUCUCCCAAGAAUGCCAAACAGUAGAAUCCUGGGAAUAACUGGACACUUGUUCUAAACUGGUAGUUGAUUCAGCUUUCCAUUGACAUGACUCAUAUUUAAUCUCAAUGGUAUUGGUUAAUGUAUAUAUUAUUAUUCCAGGACACAAAACGGUUAAAUGUGUCUUAAGAAAUCCAGCUGUGUCAGUUUUACUCACUUUUUAUAUAAGGACAGAAACAUUGGUGGGAAAUGGUGACUAUUCCAAGAUGACUACUUAUUUUUUAGUUUUAUUGCAUAGGUAUUAGAAAUGUAAACAAGUGUAUUUACAAAAUUAAUUUUAUUCUGUAGAUAAUAUUGUAUUAUCAUUCAUAACAAACUCCCUAGUAUUAUUAUUAUUAUUAUUAUUAUUAUUUUUAUUUUUUAUUUUUUUUAUAAACCUAACUGGAUCAUGGCAUUACAUUUGAAUGCUAUUACAUUUCUGUGAAUUAACUCAAUUCAAUGGGUAGUGGUGAAAACAUCUACUAUGACUAUGUAUAUUAGCACAGACACAUUACUGAUAAUAAAUAUAUAUAUAUAUAUAAUAUAAUCCGUACUUUGCAGCAUUUGGUAGCUGUUCUUUGGGUGCCUGAUAAGUUAGUCUGGGACUGCAUUCCUUUUAGCAUCUGCUUGUCUGGUUGCGAGGUUACCCACAAUAGCCAUUUGGCUUGCAAACAUUUUGUACUGGGCUGUAAUCUCUGGAUAAAGACUCGGUUUGCUUUUUAAAGGACAUUCCACUGUGUAUCCAGGCCUACGGUCACACACACUCUCUAUCCUUUUUAACCCAUUCACUGCUGUCACUUGUGACGUCUCUUGAUGCAAAGUCUUAAUUAGUCUUUCUCAUCAUUUGAAUUAUUUAAUUAAACAGAAAAUAAAGCAGAUUACCCCAUUUAUGGAAUAGUUUUUGCACCAUGGGGGAUAGAACUCUUGUCCUGUGACGAGCAUCUGAUUUAUUUAUUUUUUAAUUUUUUGUUUUUUUUGACACCUAGAUAAAAAUUACAUUAUGUCAUAUCCCCUAAAUCAUGAGUCACUGUUCUACAGUGGUAGCAGAUGCAUCCUUUGUACUAAAAUCCCCCUUGUUGCUGGCACCCUGCCGACUCAGUGUCUCAUGAUCUGCUGUACAAAAUCCCCAGUGCAGCAAUGUGCCAUCCAUAAACACAAUGACACAUCCUAGCACUGGGAGCUAGCUAGCAGUUAACAAGUCACUUUAACGCAGUGUGAUUGAAACCAAAAUCUUUAAAAAUAGCAGCCAAGUUUCACUAUUCCUGCUACUCUGCAGGGCAUUUCCUUUUGAUAUUAGUUGUAUUUUGAAUAAUAACAAAUUGCCUCACUGGCUGCAGGAACCAAUCAGAACCUGAGCGCAAACUGAUGACAGAUGUUGAAAUCAAGUGACCGGCACUGAUUUCUGCUGGGACAAGGAGACUUUUUUUUUUUCUUUUCUUCUUCUUCUAAUCCUCCCUGCUUUAUUUUUCUUAGAGGGACAUAACUUUUUUUUCUUUUUUUCUAAUUAUGUAAAAAAUGUUCUGAAAGCUCUGAAGUUAGAGUGCUUUUUUAUGUUAUUGUAAACGUACUUUAUUAUCUUUAAAUUUAAUAAAGUAACAAUUGCCAUGUUUUUCCGUUCUGUGAAACGCUUAACUUUUCUCCAGUUUGAUUUAAUGAUUUACAUAAUGCACUCCUGAAAAUAGUCUUUGGUAGGCUCUUUCUAUUUGUCUCUUUGACCGUUUUGAAAUUGCUGCUACAUGUCACAAAUAUGGAGCGGUUAUUUGUACAAAACAACAUUCUUAAGGUGGUAUCUACGACAGAUGCCAUUGAUUUCUCCAGCGAUUUUAGUUUUAACAUAUUGCUAUUUAAAAAUAAACUUUUUCUUGUUUUCUCAACUACAUCCAUUAAUAGAAUUUUUUUUUUUUAUAUUUUAUUUUGUUUGCAUACAUAAAGGCUGUCAAAGCAUCAUUAUUAUAUAGCGCCAGCAAAUUCCGUAACACUGUACAACCAUGGGAGUUUCAGUUCGAUAGAAGCCAGGUUUCUACAAUGUGGCCACCCCUGUGCUACAGGAACACACUCUUCAACAAACUGUAUUCCUAUAUUAUAUUCCUAUAUUAACCAGAACAUGGCUGAAUGAAGACUGUUUUAGAAGCGUCUUUGUGACCUAUUUUCAUGAUUGCCAACACAUGACAUCAACAAGAGUUCAAUCUCUUGAACAUGUUAUUGGUAGCAAAUAUCACUUUUUUUUUUUUUUUUUUUGUCUAGUAUUUAUUUAUUUUUACACUCUCCAUCUCUCCCACAAAAAGAAAAGAAAAUGUAUCCACUCUUAGAGAACCUUAUGAUGCUGUACAGGUGGACCCACUAAUAAAUAUGCACGCCAUCUUUCAAAAUUCCAGUGACUAACAUUAAAAAAAUGAAUGUGUGCAUAGACCUUAUUUGAAUUUUUCUGUGUAACCCCAUUUACACACAAAGAACAUAGUCACACAUUGUAGUUCAGAUUCCGCAUUCUUUCCCUACAAAAUAUUAUUUUUGUUUGGUGGCAGCAAUAAAAGGAAAUAUGUAUGCUAGUAAGGCACACCAUGAACUAACUACAAAGAAAGAACAAAGACUAUGGUAAUUCAAUCCUGCGGCUGACGUGAUUUUUCUUUCCAUAGAAGCACCACCUCACUCCCACCUGUAACAACUCCAUCUAUUUAUAACUUUACUAUUGUAAGGGGUGCACCUCACAGUGCUCAUGUGCCCUCUGACAUCAUCCUUUCUGCACCCUCACUAUGGAAAUUUAGGGUUAGUGACCUCUUCCUCCUCUUCGAAAAGUGUUUUAACCAGGACAUUUUCCUUUGCAUACAGGAUUUGGUUUAAUUCUACAUUCCUGGCACAGUAAUUGUUUUACACCACUUUCCUUGCUCACCCCUCUUCUUUGGUAUGUUUGCAAUAGCAGAGAGAGGGGAAUUUUGUAACGUCUGCAUCAUCCCUUCUUCUAAUUGGGCGUUUAGAUUUCCCAGACUAGGAAUUUGAAAGGAAUGCAUUGUAUAGAAUUGUCUAUGCACCUGUGAUAACUACUGGGUUACCAGUGUGUUCAUAUUUAGCCCAUAAUCUGUUGUUUGUUCUUUAGUUAUUAUUUUUUUUUUUUUUUUUGCAUUGGUUUUUAUUGGCAGAACUCUAGUUUUACACACAUAAUGAAAAGUAACCAUUUAUUGCAUUACAACCAUAACUCCUUAAAUAGCCGGUAUUGAUAGAUACACUCAUUUAAUAUUUAACCUCAACCGUUUGCUUAUUUAGUGAUACUUUCACUGGCAUAUAGGUGGUGGUUUGCAUGAAACUCUGUUUAUGACUGAUUUUAUUGUUCAGUAUGAAUGUCUUAUCUCUCUGCCAUCUGUCUUGCUGUACUCUACUUUAUAGGUGGUUGUUAAAUGGAGCAAUGUAUUUGGAAGUAUUGUCUAUUACAUUUUAUAGUGAUAUGUAUAUACCUUCUGAGACAGAGCAAUAAUACUUGCCUUGUACAGACAGACAGACUAGAUUGUAAUAAGCAAGGACUAGCUCAAAUAAUCAGUGUGCUGAUAUCGUGUGUAUAGAUUUUUUUUCAAUUUUUUUAAACCUAUAUUUCAUAUAGGACAACCUAUAUAAAGGACUCAUUGACCUGAUUCCCUUAUAAAAUGAUAAAUUGCUUUUCUUUCGUGCCUGGUUUUGAUGGAUUUUAAAUAGCAUUCUUAACUUUCUGGUGUUUGAAUGAUUAAAGGACCAUUAUAGUGCCAGGAAAACAUACUCGUUUUCCUGGCACUAUAGUGCCCUGAGGGUGCCCCCACCCUCAGGGUCCCCCUCCCGCCGGGUUCUGGGGAGAGGAAGGGGUUAAAAUCUUACCUUUCUCCAGCACUGGGCGGGGAGCUUUCCUCCUCCUCUCCUCCUUCCUAGCGACGUCAUCGGCUGAAUGCGCAUGCUCGGCAGGAGCCGCGCUGGCAUUCAGCCAGUUCAUAGGAAAGCAUUUACAGAUAUAGUGCUCAAUUUAAAAUUCUGGUGCUUGCUUACAAGUCCCUACAUAAUGCUGCCCCAACCUACCUAUUCUCCCUAAUACACAAGUAUGUCCCGUCGAGGCCCCUACGCUCUGCCAAAGACCUACGUCUAUCCUCUGUCCGUACUCCCACCUCUAAUGCUCGCCUCCAAGACUUUUCCAGGGCUGCACCUCUUCUGUGGAACUCCCUUCCCUUGUCCAUAAGACUUUCACCCAGUCUCCACUCAUUCAAAAAAAUCUUUGAAAACUCACUUCUUCAAGAAAGCAUAUCAGUUAAACUGUUAGCAGGUUUUUAUCCCCCACCCCCAUGACUCCUCUCCUGCAACUGUCAAAAAUUACCUACUAAGCCCUCAGUGAAUACUUUUCUAACAACCUACUUCAUACCCCUACUUUUACACUUUGUGUCACUAUACCCCACUCCCUCUAGCAUGUCAGCUCAUUGAGCAGGGCCCUCCACCCCCUCUGUUCCUAUACAUCCAGUUGUCUAGUUAAAAUUACAUGUCUGUUAGUCCACCCAAUGUACAGUGCUACAGAAUGUGAUGGCGCUAUAUAAAUAAUAUAAUAAUAAUAAUAAUAAUAAUAAUGUAUCUCCUUUUUAUUUACAGGUGGCAAUCAAGUCCAUCCGCAAGGACCGUAUAAAAGAUGAGCAAGAUAUGAUGCAAAUCCGCAGGGAGACAGAGAACAUGAGUUCCCUCUGCCAUCCUCAUAUUAUCUCUAUAUAUGAAGGUAAUAAGCUCAUUUCCUAUGUGUAUGUCUGUAUAUAGCUGUGAAUAUGUAAACUCAACUAAUCAGUCCUUUGGUUAUUAAUGUAGGCCAACCAUAGAGACAAAUAGCUUUAGUCCAUUUAGGCCAAAAUUGCCAAAUACGAAACUAUCUAUUUUUGUGGUUCGGUUUCACAGUGUCCUGUUUAGUGCAUAAACCCAAAGACGGUCUGUGAACUUCAAAAUGUACUACAUUUAUUUUUAAAAAAAUAACAUAUUUUAUUGGUUUUAGUAAAAAUAAGAAUAUAUAUUUAAAUGUAAAUAGUAGGUUAAUGUGUAUAUGACCUCAUCUAUUUUUAACAUUACUAUGAGCAGCAUUUUUCCUCUGCUGUGUGCUAACAAAAACAUCUCCUCCCUGUGACACAUUACACACCCCAGGCGUGCUGCAUGCUCACACUGGCCAAGUAUAGCUACAGGGAGCUUGGCGGGUCUGAGCAGGUGUUUGUUAAAAUAUGCAGGUUAGUAAACUGCUUUCAGCCCUGACAGACUAAUGGCCAAAGUCAAAGUUACAUGGAGAGCUGGAGCAAGGGUGCCCAAAGGGUAGAAAAAUCUCCAAAUGUUUUCAAACUACAACUUCCAUGAUGCAUUGGCAUUCAUUAUUAUUAUUGGCAUUUAUAUAGCACCAACAGAUUCCGUAGCGCUUUACAAUAUUAUAAGAAUGGGGUUUAACUAUAAAUAGGACAAUUACAAGAAAAGUUACAGAAACAAUGGGUUAAAGAGGCCCCUGCUAAAACGAGCUUACAGUCCAUAGGAUAGGCCUCAUUGGAUCUCUAGUUUGAAGACAUCUGGGGAUCUACUGUUUUGGGAACCUGUGGUCUGUUUAUUAAGGUAAGUGCUAGCAGAUGUAGUAAUAUCACAAAUUAGAUCAUAAACCGGGUUAUUUACUAAAGUCAAUUUAAAUUUUAUGGCAAAAUAGCUGAAUUGGCAAAUUCUCUUAAACGGCUAUGCAUUUAGCUUGGCUACUAUGGCCUAAAAUGUGAAAUUCUCCUUGAUUUUACUUUAUUACUUUACUUAAUAACCCCGAACGAUUUAGUGUAAGCAACACUCUAACCAUUGUGAUAAUAUAUAGAAAAAAUUAUUGUGUUGUGUUGUGAGGUAUAUUUGCCUUCAUUUUAGUACCAUCAUCUGGGAGGGGAUAACCAUUACCACAGCUAAUAACUAUACUGGUCCUCUUUGGCAGUCACUUACCAGUGUUGUUCCAAGACCUUUGGCAAGCUUAAUUAAAUUAUGAGAAUGAGCUGUUUUUUUUUUUUUUUUCUUCCUUUCAAGAGAUAUAUUUUUUAUUUCUGGCAUAUGAAUAUAAUCUCUCACGCAGACUGAUAAAGCAAACAGUGAGAUAAAAUGUAUCACUGCGCUUUAUCUCUAGUAAUUGGAUUUGGAUGCCUGUGCCAGUUAGUAUCAUGCCUAUUUCUCGUAUUGCAGAUUUAAUGUGUGUAUUAAGCGAUCAUCUGUCUAGAGACAGAUACAGUUAGAUUCUAAAUGCAACAAUGCCCAUUAGAAAAAAAAGCAAUUCACACUCAAAAGAACACUGUACCCAAAACACUGUGUAAAGCCAUUUUGAUGCAGUUAUAAACUAAAAUAAAUUCUAGUAAUUCUGUGAAGGCCUUAUUUAAAAAGAAAGUUUGUCCGGACUAAUUGUGUUACCGCUUCAAUGUAUAUGUAUGUGUGUGUAUGUAUAUGUGUGUAUGUAUGUGUAUAUAUGUAUAUAUAUAUAUAUAUAUAUAUAUAUAUAUAUAGAGGCUGGGGUCUUCUCUUUUUUUUCUUUUUUCUUACACACUGGAAAAUAAUGGGGUUUUAGGUACAGUAUAUGAUUUUACAUUUCGUAAGCCUGCCACAACAUCAAAAAUGGGAUACAUUGGUGUAACAGGCUUAUGCAAUGUAUGAAUAAUAUACAUUGUAACUAAAUCCCCAUUAAAAAAUUGAAAUAUUUAAUAAAAAUUAAAAAAAAUUUAUAUAUAAAAACUUAAAUUCUGUGAACUUCGCAGUUGCUGUUUAGUGAAUAAGUGAGUACGUUGGGUGUUCGAUACAUUCUCCCCCUCUCCCCCCCCCAAUAUUAUGUGAUGCUUAAUGAUUUAGUGUUAGUUUCGUUGUCAGUUUCUGUUUUCCAAGCUAUGUUCACAGUUGGAAAGGACACAGGGCAUUGCUUAUCAGACACACUGAUAGCUUUUGGCUGUAAAGACAUAAAAACACAUCUAGGCCCUGUUCUGCCUCCUCCUAUGCUUGCACCCUGUGUCAUUAUCAGCUCUUUCACCCAUUUAACCCAUUCAAUAUAAAAUCUGCAAAAGGUGUGUAUUUUAUAUAAAACACUAGGUUUCAUGAAUCAGGUGUUUCUGUUCUGUAUUGUUGAAGAUUUUGUAAUGGCAAACUGAAUAUACACGGUCAUGUUAAGAAUUACAAACACUUCCUGUUAAGCUAUUCAUACUUAAAAGGUGAGUUUGGGGCCUUUUUGGUUCUCUUAAAGCUUAAGGGCAUUUAUGUAAACUAACUUCCUACUUCUUAAAUCAUGCAUUGGCUUGGAAUUUAACUUAAAGGAAGGAGGUUUAUUUUAAUUUAAAAAUAAAUUACUGCUUAACGAGUAAGUUAUUUUUAAAAAUGGUUGGGUUUUAAUUUUAACAUGGUGUAUAUGCAGGAUAUCGAUAUGAUAAUGUACAUCUGGCUUUAUUUGUUGUCUUGAGAACAGCAGUUGGUUUUCCAUGUAUAUAUUGUUUGGGGAGGGGGGUUUGUGUGCCCAUAAAAGCCAUUUAUCCAUCUUUUGACCAACACAGUGGCGUACAUAUAGGGGGACCCCUGUGACCGCGUGGCCGCUGUCAUGUCUUGCAGCCCAGGUCCGCACGACAAACCACCUGGGCCACCGUUCAAGGGACCCUUCGGAUGGCCCAUGCUGUUAGGGCCACCCGACGGGUAUGGAUUUUCAGGGACCCUCUGUGAUGACAUCACACGCUGGGAGGAAGUGACUGCCCGUCACUACUCCCAGCAAUCACACAGAGCCCGCGUGGGAGGAAGCAGAGGAGGGCGUCAAGAGUGGGAACUCUGACUCCCAUCAACCUGAGCCACCACUGGACCCCAGGGAAAGUCGCCCUCCUGCACCUAAAAGGUAGGAAACAGGAGGGUGACUUAAACAUUUUGUGUGUGUGUGUGUGUGUGUGUAUAUAUAUAUAUAUAUGUGUAUAUAUAUGUGUGUGUGUAUGUAUAUGUAUAUAUAUGUGUAUAUGUGUGUGUGUGUGUGUGUGUGCCUGUUUGUAUGUAUAUGUGUAUUUGCUUGUCUGUUUGUAUGUCGGUCUGUGUCUCUCUGUCUGGGAGGGAGAAGAGGGAGUGGGGAGGGUGAGGGGGCCCCAUGGAUUGUGUGUACGCCGCUGGCCAUAGAGCAUAACACUGGCUUAUACUAUGGUUAUUUACAAAUGUAUAAAUUGCCUGGAGCUGACCGGUAAAUUUUGGGCCCAGGUAGCAGAAUUGGAAAAACAUUUCCAACUCUCCUUUUGUUCCACUAGUUUGGUCUAAAACUUGUUCUUCCCCAUUUAUUUCCCGGCCAUUCCCAGUUCAAUGAAUAACCUGUUUUUAAUCUCCUUACAUUUGAUGGGCAUGACCGGAUUGCCUACACAUGUAAUUACCAUCCCACUAUGUGUGCACUUUCAAAAUAUAUAUUUAUCAAGAAGUAGUUUGUCACCACAAUUACCGUACCCACUCCUGUUACUUUCCCAGGGGAUGGGGUUGGGCAGCUCACGUGCAGGCAUUGCCUAGUUUCCACCGGCUCAAUACACUUAUUUUAAUAGCUUUUCAUAGCCUAUAAUCUGUAAAUGAGCCUGCUGUAGGAUAAAGCUAGGCUAAGUGUAUCUGCAGGUGUUUUAAGGAGGAAUUAGUUGAGACAAAGAAUGUGUUUGGCCUGGUAUUCAAGGUAUACUGUUUAUUUUGGCAUUGAUGUAUGGUCUGUGCCAAGUAAUGUCUUAAUAGACCUUUUCUGCCAAGCUCUGUCACUGGAAUUUCUGCAGGAUUCCGGUAACUAAUUUCCACUCAUUUCUCUGUCAUUGCAGUGUUUGAGAACAACAGCAAGAUUGUGAUUGUGAUGGAAUACGCGAGCCAGGGAGAUCUGUAUGAUUACAUCAGCGAGAGGCAAAAGCUCAGUGAGCAGGAGGCCAGAAGGUUCUUCAGGCAGAUCGUAUCCGCCGUACAGUACUGCCAUGCGGUGAGUAUAGGCCACACUUGUGCUGCAUAUAUUUUGUUUAUGUGAUCCACUUGUAUUUUGUCAGUCUUUCUUAAGACUAAACUAAUAUCGUAAUAUGGCUACAUAACUAAUAAGAUGGUUGUUCCUUACAGCAUGGAAUUGUACACCGUGACCUUAAGCUGGAGAAUAUCCUUCUGGAUGAAAAUAAGAAUGUAAAAGUAAGUGAUAAUCCCAUGUAAUUAGCUUGGACUUGGCCCAGGUAUUUCUAGUUCCCCACCCUUUCUGAGCAGCUGGGAAUUCCCCCUUCUGUGCACCUUUUGCUUAUCUAAUUUCCCUGUCAGGAGUAGAUAAUGCAAGGUCACGUAUUUCAUUUCUAAAGAAAAAAAAAUGUUUUAACAAGAAUAAGUACGUCUGUGUUCUAUAUGUGCGCGGCGUAGAUACCUGUGUGCUCUAGGCUGUGCAAUUUUAGUGUUUGGUAUCACUCUUGGUACUAGUGUAGUUUAGCUGUUUCACACACAGCUACAAAAUCAUUUUCAGUCCUUUUGAAAGAUUGGUUUACUCUGGCCGUAUCACUUAGUGUUGGUUAUUUUGCCGUUGAUGGACUUUACCCUCUGGCAGGGGACUUGUUUGAAUUUCCCAUGCUGGCACAAUUCCAGCAUCUUUGUGCAAAUAGUGGAGAAACAUGCUUCUUUGGUGCUCCUUGCCUGUACCUGCAGAACUGCUUUAUUUCCGUAACCCUAUCCCCUCCUGUGUAGAUUAAAAUUGUUUUCUUUAUUCUCCAUUAAUUUUUCAUUUAUUUAUUUCCAGAUCGCUGAUUUUGGUCUCUCCAACAUUUACCAUUCAGACAGUUAUCUUCAGACAUAUUGUGGGAGCCCACUGUAUGCCUCUCCAGAGAUAGUGAAUGGCAGGCCAUACAUAGGACCUGAGGUGAGAACAAGGUUAUAUCUUUCUAUUUCUAAUUUCUUGUCUAGAAUAGGUGUAAACGUGUUGUUUUUUUCCCCUCAAAACAACUGAAAUUUAAAUCACUGGAUAAGUGAAUUAAUAUCACAUCAGUUCCUUAAUUUUACAUAUAGCCAGACAGAACUGUCUUUUCUGACGGCAUCCAAAAAUUCACUGUCCCUUAUACGGAAGGUGAUAUUAUAUGGAACUAUUUAUCCAAUGGAUUUAAGAAUGCAUUCCUUGUUAAUUUUACAUUCUACUUAAAAACUCUUAAACCUGCAGUUACAUGGCUGCGUCUGUAAAAUAGUUGACCAGCUCUUCCACUAUGGAUAUGAAUAGAAAUAGUGGGAUUAGGGCCCAACUCAAACCAGUUUAUCUUUCACCUCUCUGUUAAUACAGAUACCUUACCUCUAAAAAAAAAUAUAUAUAUAUAUAUAUUCAAUGUUAGAACCCCAUAUAUUGCCAAUCUCAAAUAUGUGGUUCACAAUACAGAGUCUCAGAAAACAUGUCUCUUACAUCAUUUCAUACCUUAAAGGUUUUGGAAUACAUACUUUUAACCCCCUUUAUCUAAAAUGUGAAUUCAUUUUAUGUUGCAGGUGGAUAGCUGGUCCUUAGGUGUGCUUCUCUACAUCCUGGUUCAUGGCUCCAUGCCUUUUGAUGGACAAGAUUAUAAGAAACUGGUGACUCAGAUCAGCUGCGGAGCAUAUAAAGAACCAAGCCAGCGGUCAGGUGAGUUAGUAAUUGGUUUUAGAACAUUUAUUUUUGCAUGAACUGGAAAUAAUCAUAGCCUUGAUUUUGUCAGGAGGGUAAAGAAAAAUUAGCAGUUAAGUUGCUGGACAAAUAUUUUUGAUGCAAAUGUAUCAUCUGUCAGUAUAGUAUGUAUGUAAAUCUGUCUGUGUCCUAGGCCAGUAAACUACAAUAUUUGCAUACUAAUAGUGCUGUUAUUGACUCAUUCCUCCUUCUCUCCACUUUUGCAGAUGCUUGUGGCCUUAUUCGUUGGCUUCUCAUGGUAAACCCAGAGCGUAGAGCAACCUUACCUGAUGUUGCGUCUCACUGGUGGGUGAACUGGGGCUACCAUGAGCCUCUGUGUGAGCCAGAGACUUGCAAAGACUCUGAUAACCCCUUUUCCAUUGUAGGAGGCUGGCUUCGCCGUUCAUCUCGGCCUCUAUGGGACAAUGGUUCUAAAAUGCGCUGCUUUUUGCGCCAGCAUCUACCUGGAGGUACAAUCACUCGGCAACGUUCUCUAAGGCGAUCUAAAAGGGAAAAUCUUAACCAGGCAUCAGGAGUUCAGGUAAUACAAGAGAAGCCUCCCUCGGUACCACCUGCUCCAAAGAAAGGCAUCCUGAAAAAGCCACAACAGCGUGAAUCUGGAUACUACUCCUCUGCAGAGCACAUUGAGGGUGCAUCACCUACAGAGCCAGAUAAUUUACUUGAAGACCAACUGACUGCUGUUCUCAAAGAGCCACCAACUAGCUAUGAUGAUACAGAAAAGCAAAAAGACUCCAAUAAAAAUAUUGUUCCAAAAGGAAUCCUGAAAAGAAAUGGAAAGUUUUCUUCUGCCUGGGCAGCCCCAGAUUUAUCUUUCAAAGCUCUGGACUACCAGAUAGGAGAUGACAAGUCACCUGUAUGUCCACUGGCACGGGAGAGAGCGCCAUCCUCUGUUAGCCAAGAGAGCAUCCUCUCAAAUGAGUCUUUUGAACUGCUAGACUUUUCUACCAGAUAUGGCCAACGGGUACGGGGCAAACACCAGACCAUGAGAUGCAGCCUUUCUGCCGAAGAUCUACUACGGGUAGAUUUGAAAGAAGGUGAAGAUGAAGACAAAACUAGACUGUGGGAAAUGGGAUGUUAUCGAGCAAAAGUAACUGAAAGUUGCUUGUCCCUGGGAGCAGUGGAAGAAGAAGUGAUGCAAGUUUAUAGGAGUGCAGUGCUCAUUGGACAAGAGUUGCGCUAAGCCACCUGUUUGUAUUUUACAUUGUAAUGUGUUGGCUCCCAAAAAGAACUUAGAUUAAAGGACCGAGAAACUGUUUCAACCCAUUUGGUUCUGUGAAUAUUACAAAUGGAGCAAACCACGUGUGUUUUCAUCCAGUGUUAAGAAGAAAUGCCACAGGGUUUAUUGGCUAAGUAGACUUUUGAUGCAUUAGCUAAUGGAUCUUCAAAAAAAAAAAACAAUGAAUCUGUUAAACUUGGAGUAAUGUGAAGUCUAUAGUUUGGAGCUGGGCUCCCAGCUGACUAAUACAUGUGCGAUACCACUGAUACCUUGGGGAUAACAUUACCAUUAGAUGCCUUUUAUUUGAAGUGAUAAGUAACAAGAUAAAUCAUCUUUUUAAAUGCAAUACUGGGGAAUAUCUACCACUAGCAACACAGCUCGUGGUAGACAAACACUACUGUGACGGGUUAUUUAUUUAAACACAAACUUGACAUUGCAUAUGAGAAUGGAUAUUAAUUCCUGGAACAAGAUUAUUCGUCUAUGCAAACAUCUUGUUUGUGCCAAAGUCUAAAAUAAAAACCAAACGACAAAAUGUCACUAAUAUGUUAUCUUAGUGUUGUCAAUGUGAACUUCAAACUGUAAUUCCAUAAAUCUCUACCCUAUGUCUUGAAUUGCAAGUUGUCGCAUUAGGUUUAUGGAGAAUGAUGCCAAAUAUUAACAUUUCUACCUUUGUUAUAAGGAGAGAAACUUAAUUUAAAUCUCAUUAACAGUGCCUUAUUACUGCUAACGAUGUCUAAUUAAAAAAUAUAUCCCUUCAGGAUCUCAGUCAUGGGUCCUCAGUCCUCCCCAGCAUUUUACAUCAUAUAGUGGCCAUGUGUGAAGACCACACUUUUAAACUAGGUGGCUGAUGCAGGGGCAGCCAAAGGUAGAACCAUAUAUCUUGCAUUUUCCUUGAGGCUGGCAAAGCAUCAUGGAAGUUGUAGUUAACUCUCAACUGAGAAUCUACCUCUGCCUCCUUCUACUGCAUGAGAAGAUGCACACAAAGUUUAGUUAUGUGAUCUGUUCCUAGAAAACAGGAAAAAGUGGUCCAUGGGAGCAAAGUUAAUUUACACAAUUUCAUGUUGCUACAGAAAAGCCUUUUGAGGAUUUUAUAAUGUGUUUUUCUAUUUUUAUUUUGCACAUCAUUUUUGGAGUUAUUCAAAAUGUGCAUAUUGGUGUAUUUGUAAACUCAAGCUAUGUAUACAUAUUGGUAUGCAUUUGCAGCAACUUCUUUGAGUUUUGAUUUAUUUUUGUUUUUUAGACCCCCGGUAAAGUUGUUAUAUUAAUUUUGGGCAUAGGAUAAUAUACAUAACUGGUAUGCUUCAGCAAUAGAUUUAUUUAAUGUUAAUAUAUUUAUUGAGUUUUUAGGAAGAUUUAUUUUUUAUUUAUUUUUAAAUAGGAUUUUUAAACCCUACUUUUGAGCAACAGAUAUAACAAUGUGCUCAUUCCCUCCUUUAAACGUCUAUUUUCUUUAAUACUUUUGGAAUAAAGGAUCCUAUACAAUGGAAUUUAGUCACUUAACAGUGAGUAUUGAUCUAUUGACAGUCAUGUUGCAAAACAUUUUCAAAGACUUUGGGUCAGAAAGAUAAAUGAGUUUGGAAAUGUUUUAUUUUUUAUUUUUGUGUGUCUUUUUGUUUUUCACAAAAUUUGGGAAAGAAAUUGUACUCCAACACAUAACAAAUGACUGUUUUCAAAGAUAUUCCAAUGCAUUUCACGCUCCUUCCCCAGCAAUGAAUGUUUUAGAUUAAGCUUUUUAUUCUUCCUUGGAUUGUAAUGGCAGUUUGUAUGUGUUGCAGGCAACCAACAUUAGUAUUUGUAAGUGAUGGAUGAGGACGGCAAUCAAAUGUUUGUUUUAAAGGGAGGGUGGGAAGUAAUAUUGUUUAUUGAUUUGGUAUUUUUGUAUAAUUUUUCCAACAAUAUGGUCCAUACAUUUUCAGCACAUUAAACCAAAUGAUAAGACUGG